AUGCUGAAGACUGUUGCUAUCCUGUUGCUAGGCGCCAUGGCAGCCAACGCACGGUGGAACGGCUAUGAUAACAACGACGAUGAAUGGGGCUACUACAGAGGUGGUAUUGGCAAGGGAGGAAUCAUCGGUGGUUACGGAAUCGGCGGUGGUUACGGAAAGGGUUACGGAUCCGGAAUAGGAGGUGGACUCAUCGGAGGUUACGGAAUCGGUGGUGGUUACGGAAUCGGCGGUGGUUACGGAAAGGGUUACGGAUCCGGCAUUAUCGGAGGUUCCGGAAUCGGCGGUGGUUACGGAAAGGGUUACGGAUCCGGAAUAGGAGGUGGACUCAUAGGAGGUUACGGAAUCGGUGGUGGUUACGGAAUCGGCGGUGGUUACAGAAAGGGCUACGGAUCCGGCAUUAUCGGAGGUUCCGGAAUCGGCGGUGGUUACGGAAAGGGCUACGGAUCCGGCAUUAUCGGAGGUUCCGGAAUCGGCGGUGGUUACGGAAAGGGCUACGGAUCCGGCAUUAUCGGAGGUUCCGGACUCGGCGGUGGUUACGGAAAGGGUUACGGAUCCGGAAUUAUCGGAGGUUCCGGAAUCGGCGGUGGUUACGGAAAGAGUUACGGAUCCGGAGUAAUUAUAGGUUCCGGACUCGGCGGUGGUUACGGAAAGGGUUACGGAUCCGGAAUUAUCGGAGGUUCCGGAAUCGGCGGUGGUUACGGAAAGAGCUUCGGAUCCGGAUUCGGCGGCAAAUUCAUCGGAGGUUAUUACGGAAAUGACAACGAUUUUUACGGAUAUAACAACUGA